AUGGUGUCAAUUAGUACCAAAACUCGCGACCUGGUUCUAGCACUUACGCUCCCGCCUUCCCUUGACUCCUUCAAACAACAGCUUGGAGACACGCUGACUUUGGAGCGAGACAUUUGCAAAGCAGUAAUGCAGCACCUCCUCAAACAUCCAGGAUCGAAUGCCAGCGAUUUAAUCCCCACCAACGGUAAAGACGACGUCCAGCGUGCACUACAAUCUCUUGUCGGUGAUGUAGGCUACGAUCUGGGCUACUGCAUUGUCGCGCUCGACACACAUACGCAAGAUACAGGUAGCACGACGAAUGCUCUGGCCAUCGCUGAUGUUAAUCUACAUAUACUGAUCGUGUUUAGUGACCCUACCAACAAGGGGUUGGCUGACAGGUUUGGAACCUUUCCUGGCAAGGAGAUUACGACGGGCAACAAAGGGACGGCAAAUUCAGUCAAGAACAUAGCUAAUACGAAUGUGAUUGAAGAGGGAGACGAGCGUGGUCAGGAAGAGCAGAUCAGUGAUAAGCAGCCUGGUAUUGGUAAACCAGUCGAACUCGACAGCCUGCCUAAGCCUGGAGGGAAACAAGCCAAGGCGAGCAGUCCCGUUGACUUGAGCAACGAUGAUAAACCGGAGGUAAAUCCCCUCAAGAGGAAAAUGCGCAGAAGCAAAGAGGAGAACAGAGAUAGAAGGGAACGUGGACUGGACAAAGGUCGAUGGGGAAGUGAAUUGACGAGAGAUAGUACCGGCAAAUUUGCAAGCAGGCCCGUACCAGGUUAUCAGCAGCGAUCACAGCAGGAAGUCAACAACGCGACCGAUAUUGUGCCACAAUCGACCAUUGGUGGGCAGCUUACGAUGACUGUUGACGAGGGUGAAACCGAGGACGAAACCGAGGAUGACAAGGAGGAGACCGAAGACGAAGGUGUGGAGGAAGAGGCGGUGGCGACCAAGCACUGA